CCGGAACCAUCUGGAGUUUUCAAUCGCCGCCAAAGUAUUUAUUUGCAUGACAACGAAACUCUCCUUCCUAGUUCUUGUUGUACGUUUUUACGAAUAGGCACUAACGUUUUCUAAGUCGGCGAUCACAACCUGAAAAAAGUUUUCAGGUGCGAUCUGGUUUGAGACGAUGAAACUCCGUCCGGUAUUAUCCGUCGUUUUUUUAUCGGCGCUCUUAAUCUUACGCCUCGAAGCAAAACGCCCUGACCCCUACAAGGUUCUUGGUGUGGAUAAAAAUGCGAGUCAACGGGACAUCCAGAAAGCGUUUCACAAGCUUUCUCUUAAAUAUCAUCCAGACAAGAACAAAGAUAAGGGUGCACAAGCAAAGUUCGCUGAGAUUAACAAUGCGUAUGAGAUUUUAUCUGAUGAAGAGAAGAGAAAAAAUUAUGAUUUGUAUGGAGAUGAGAAGGGCAGCCCUGGAUUCGAUACUGGCUACCCUGGUGAUCAAGGUGGGUAUACUUACUUCACAAGGGGUGGACCAGGACAAACUCAAUUUACUUCUGGGUCAGGUGGAUGGGCGCAUACGGGAGGGCAAGGAGGUUCCAAGACUUUUUCAUUUUCGUUUGGUGGUUCUGGUGGUCCAAGUUCCUUUGGUAUGAGUCUGGAUGACAUUUUCUCUGGUUUCUUUGGAAAUAAGGGUCAUCAUGGUGGUUUUAGUGGAUCAAGUGGGUUUAGUGGAUCAAGUGGGUUUAGUGGAUCAAGUGGUUUUCAAUCUCGAGCUAGGAGUCCACCUAAGAACAUUAGAGCCAUGAACUCACAGAUCUUCAAGAAAGAAAUAGUUAACCAAAGGAUGACAUGGCUUUUGUUAUCUUAUACACCCUCCUUGGAGACAAGUGAAUAUUUUGAAGUUAUAGAGGAGGCAGCCAAUUCAUUGCAAGGGGCUAUAAAGGUUGGACGCAUAAACUGUGAAACUGAAUCUUCUUUCUGUAAGGAACUUGGUAUACAACCCCGAAGGGCACCAAGGAUAUUUGUCUAUUCAUACAAAGCAAGUGAAAAGGGUUCCCUGGAGGAAUACAGCGAUUCUGUUUCUAGGAGUCUCAAAGCAUUUUGCCAAGAUAAUUUACCAAGGUUUUCAAAAAGGAUCAACCUGAAUCAUUUUGAUUUUUUCUCUGGUAAUGUGGAAAAACUUCCGAGGGUGAUGCUGCUUUCUACCAAAAAAGAUACACCUGUUAUCUGGCGUGUUCUCAGUGGCUUGUAUCAUAAACGCUUCAGUUUCUAUGAUGUAGAGGUUCAUGAUGUUUCUGAUCCAACUUUGAAGAACUUGGGGGUUGAGGCACUUCCAGCUAUAGUUGGCUGGCUAUCUAAUGGGGAGAAACAUGUCCUGAAAUCUGGGGUUUAUGUAAAGGAUUUAAAAUCUGCAAUUGAUGAUCUUAGUACGUUGCUUGAUAGUCUCGAGAAGAAGAACAAGAAGGUAGCUUCAGCUCAAGCUAGCAGACAACAAACCGAUUCCAUGGGGAAGCAGCAGAUACCUUUAUUGACAACGUCAAAUUUUGAUUCAUUAUGUGGGGAGAAAACUCCUGUCUGUAUCAUUGGAGCUUUCAGAUCUUCUAAAUCUAAGGAAAAGCUGGAAUCCAUUCUUUCUCUGGUUUCACAGAAAUCACUAUCAAGGAGACAGAACCUGGCCUCUAGCUCAAGCAAUUCCAUAUCCUAUGCUCUUGUAGAUGCUUCAAAACAGACAUCAUUUUUAAAUGCAUUCCAAAAAUCAGGGUUCAAAUCAUUGGAUGAGUUUUUGAUAGCAUACAAGCCUCGGAGGGAGAAGUUUGCCACUUUUGAAGGUGAUAUGACCUUGGAAGAAAUAGAAAGGUUUAUCAGUUCUGUCCUUAAUGGAGACAUACAAUUUACCAAAACACAUCGGAAGCCUGUUGUCAGGUGAAAGUAAUUAUGGUAACAUGUAAAUAGAAGAGAUCAUAUUUUUGAUGAUCCUACCUUGAUACAGUAGAAGUUACAGAACAAUACAAAUGAAUGCCUCAGUUUCCCUGGCUGCCUGGAGUAACCUAUUCUUCCAUCAUAUAUAACUUACGAAUUGUUGGCCAUGUAUCAUCUCAUCAUAGAGGUUUCUUACAUACAGAGCCCCGGAGCUAAUUUUAUUAGUCCCACUCAAUUUUUUACUAGUCAAUGUAAAUUCUAUUACCCUUUUUCCCUAGGUUCAUUUGACAAUGUAGAACAUGAAAAUAGAGAUAUUCUGCAUUCAGCAUCUAAUAAAAGUAACUUAGAAAUAUUCUGAUUAUGGUACUGAUUCUGAUUGCAUGAUAUCUUGCAUUUUUUGUUGGACUGUUUUCCUUGAUUUGAAGAAUGUUGCUGUAUGGGUGAGCGCUGGGUGUGGAUACGGCC